GAUUAGCAAAAGUCCUAAGAAAGCAGCCCUCCCGUCACAGACCAGGAGAGGGGAAUAUCAGUUGCUGUAGAAAAGGCAUGCAACUAUGCUCAGAACCUAUUUCCUUAUCUUUCCUACAGAACAAAAGCAGAACCAAGUGCUGAAGGAAGGGCAAUAAACACAGCCUUAGAAGGCUGAUAAAUCCAACUGGAACUGAGGGAAGACAACAGAAUAAAAACCAAAUCUCUGAUUCUGAGGGAGAGGCAGGAAUAUGUGCCAGGUCCAGAACUGCUCAUAGGGGGAGGAGAGAAAUUUGAAGAUCACACACAGCCUCCCACUCCAAGACCUGGGGGCAUAGUGCCCGCAUGACUGAGAAUCAGAACAGAGCACUCACUCUCCAGCCCUCACCACCAGGCCGACUGACAAACAUUGGCUAACAAGCAACAGUGGGAUACUGCAGGAAAAGCCCAAGGUGCAUGCUGAGAGAGGCUUUCUGACAUAUACCAGGGAAGACCUAAACUGAGGGUGGAGUGGACACGUCCAUACCCUAAACACAGGUAACACUUGAGGAAUUGGAAGUAACUAUAGCAACAGCAGACCAAGGAUCUACACAGAGGAAUGAAGACUACAAGAAAUCAUAAUCACAUGAUGAUUUUGCAUUAUGGCAGUCAAAUAAGAGCUAAAGUGUUCCCAGAAACUUCGGACUAUCAGCCUACAACCGCAACAACAGUGCAGGCCAUAGCAAAACCUUUCCUACAACCAACUAACCAAGUACCUCCCAAAACUUCAGCAGUAAGAUCAACGGAUGGUCAUGUCACCUCUCAGAGAGCUGCCACAACCUCCAGCUCUGAACCCCCAAUCACACACACAACAAUAAGAACUCUAGUAACAACUUCCUUGGAAACUAUAAACAGUACCCCAUCUACCAGCACCACAGUCCACACCUUAGUCACAACCCCGGCCACACCCAAUAACUCACACACAGCUGCUCCAGGCACUGAGGCUUCCAUUGGCUCCAGGGCAGCCCCAGGUUCACUGCCAACCACCAUCACCCCACCAGCCCAUACAACAGGAAACAGCCCCACAACUAGGAAAACCACCCAACCCAGUAACCAGACCACCCUUCCAGCAAUGUUGUCCACCUCACCACAUAACAGCACAAUCAGUCAGAAGUCUACUCAACCCAUGCACACCUCAGGAGCCACCACAGCUGCACACAAUACCACCCAAACAGCCUCACCUGCCACCAUGGCUCCUGGGCCCACUCUGGCACCUCAGCCUUCAUCAGCCAAGACCGGAAUUUAUCAAGUUCUGAAUGGAAGCAGGCUCUGUAUCAAAGCAGAGAUGGGGAUAGAGCUAACGGUUCAAGACACAGAGUCGGUUUUUUCAGCUCAGAGAUACUUCAACAUCGACCCCAAUGCAACGCAGUCCUCCGGGAACUGUGGCUCUCGAAAAUCCAACCUUCUCUUGAAUUUCCACGGUGGAUUUGUGAAUCUCACAUUUACGAAGGAUGAAAACUCCUAUUAUAUCAGUGAAGUGAGAGCCUAUUUGACAGUCUCAAAUCCAGAGAAAAUUUACCAAGGAAUGAAAAGUGCUAUGGUGAUGUUUGAGACUGUGGUUGGGCAUUCCUUCAAGUGUGUGAGUGAGCAGAGCAUCCAGCUGUCAACCCAGCUUCAACUGAAAACAAUGAAUGUCCAAUUUCAAGCCUUUGAUUUUGAAGACGACCAAUUUGGAAAUGCGGAUGAAUGCUUCAGUGACAGAAACAGGAGAGAAAUCCCUGUGGCCGUGGGCCUGAGUAUCGCAGGACUGCUUGUCGUUUUGCUAACAGCAUGGCUGGUGGCCAGAAAGAGGCCCAGUAGAGGAUAUGAACGCGUGUAAAGCCCCACCUUCUUCAAAGUGUGCAAGGUUAAGGCCUUGGGAAUUCUGGCUUCAUAUUCAGCCUGAAGUGAAGGAAUCAGUUCUUCUAGUAGCCUAUCCCACCCUCCCAAUCUUUUUUUUUUUUUUUAAUUUUUUUUUUCAACGUUUAUUUAUUUUUGGGACAGAGAGAGACAGA